GCGGGCCGGCGCCCAGUGUGCCCGGCUGGCCCGCCCCGCCCCGGGAGACCACCCUGGAGGAGCUGGUGCGCCCCCGGCCGGCGCCCAACGACUGGUGGGAGCCGGACGGCGGCGCGGCUGCCGAACUGUCACUGAGGGACCUGGAGCGAGACAAGACCUCCACGGCGCCGACCGGUGUGCCGGGCACCAGCGGCGGUCCCAUCUCGCCGAGUUGUGCGCCGCACUACGGCCACUGGUCGGUGGCCGAGGGCCGCGGCGGAACCGUCACCCCACCGGCGCCGGCCGGCCGCGGCGCGUGGCGGCCGCUCUCCCCCACGCCGCCGUCCGCACCGGGUAGCGUGUGGCGCCCGCUGUCCCCCACGCUGCCUCCCGUGCCCGGCGCGCCGGACGGCACCUUCACGCCGCGGGUACUGUCGUGCCGCGAGCCGCUGCGGCCCGGCGGCGGCCUGUGGCGCUCCGAGCCGCGGCCGGGCGGCGGCUUCCGGCCGCGCUACGUACCGCCCGAGGAGCGACUGACGGCCGGCGGUGCCCGGCGCUCACUGGGCGCGCCGCCCACCACCGCCCCAGUGGACAAGUGCGGUCCGGAGGCCAUAGCGGCGUUCCGGCGCCGGAUGGGCUGCCGGGCCGGCAUCACCACGGCCUACGACCCGGAGUCACUGGUCGGCCUGCGGCUGCCAGUCGGCUUCAUCGACUCGCACUGCCACCUGGACUUUCUGUUCCGUCGCGACCAGGCGUUCGGCUCGGGCCUGCGCUCCAACACUCUGACAGAGUUCCGGCGCCGCGUAGCGUCCGCCACCUUCCCGGCCAGCUUCGCCGGCUGCGUGGCUGUCUUCUGCGACCCCAACUACUGGCACCGGCGCGCCGAGUGGAGCCGCAUACUGGAGGAGCCGGGUGUGUGGGCCGCGUUCGGCUGCCACCCGCACAGCGUCCGAGACUUCACCAUGGUCUCCGAACAGAUGCUAGAGCACAUACUGCGGUCAAACAAGAACGUGGUGGCGCUGGGCGAGAUCGGACUCGACUACUCCACAAAUAACAGCACCAGCCACGACAUGCAGAAGACGGUGUUCCGGCGCCAGCUGGCGAUAGGCGUGGCGCUGGGCCUGCCACUGGUGCUUCACGUCCGGGACGCCGAACAGGACGCGCUCGACAUUGCGCUCGAGAUGGUGCCCCGUGACCACCUGAUCCACCGGCACUGUAUCACCGGCAACUGGGUGAUGGUGCGCCGCUGGAUGGACGCCUUUCCCAACUGCUACGUGGGCCUGACGCCGCUCAUCACCAACCCGCACGCGCAACAAGCCCGCUUCCUGGUGACCGAGGUGCCGCUCAACCGGCUGCUGCUCGAGACAGACGCGCCCUACUUCGUGCCCAGCUGCUACCGGCGCGACGCAUCGGAGAUGCGGUUCUCUCACCCGGGUCUCGCGCUGCACGUGGCCGCUCAGGUGUCCCAGAUGCGGCGCAUCCCGCUGGAGGAGGUGGUGCGGGUGACGGCCGCCAACACACGCACCAUGUACCGGCUGCCGCCACAGGAGCAUGAGGCGUUCACCGGCUUCAGCGCCGAAUGAGCCACCCUAAUGGCACUCCUCGGCACUGACGGCACUCCCGGACACUCACUGACUCACGGUGCUCCAGGGCACUGGCGGUACUCCCGGGUACUCCUGGCUACUCACUGAGAGCUCGAUACGCCGUGCAGCGUAAAUGCUGAGGCCGUCGCUUUCCCGCCGAGGCCCGACUACAGGUCUCGCUGAGGAACCCUGCUCGGCUUGGGGCUGGGAGAGUUUGCCCGCAGUCCGACCAACGUCGAGCGGGGGUAUUAUGCGGGCCGACCGGACUGAAGCUAGUCCAUAGCAAGUGCCAGUUGAAUGUAAAACUCUGCCGGUUGUUUGUUAGAUGGGAGUAUUUUGCUAAUAUGGGAAACCCAGGCGCACGUCAUUGUAGGCUAUUAGAUAGUGAUAUUAGGACCCUGGGUCAAAUAUGGCCAAUGGCUAUUGUACGCCAUUAGCGGGUAAUAGAAUCUAGCAAUUCAACAGCCAUGGACUACCUUUGUCGAUUAAUGAGAGAGCUGCUAGGGCGGUGGUAUCUCUGGUAUGACUGAAAUGAAUUCCCUGGUUUGCUGGACCCGGUGGUGGGAGCGGUGGGGUCCCACCCCGCCCCGGUCGGCGGACCGGCCUCACUGAGACGUUCCGUGGCUGUGCCCGGACCUGUGAAUUCCUACGCUGGCUGUGAGCCGUGCCUGAGCUUCCUGAGCUCACCUGUCCAAUGACGAGCUUACGGCGAGCUUUCAGCAGUGACUGCGGUGUGGCUGUUUGAAGAAGUACAAGAGCCGGGCGUUCGGUCGGCGGUGGACACCGGAAUCCUGCGGUAGCUGCUGUUCUCGGGUACAAUGUCGAAUCUCGCUAGAUCUCUCUGCUAGGCAGUCGUCGAUCCUAAACUCAAACAAUGUUUUCUGAUGUGUUGUCUUUCGUAAAACGUCACUUUUCCACUUGUUCUAAUCCUCGACUGAAAGUUGCGCUCGUAGAAACCAGUUGCGACUGUUGGUGCUCUCUAGAAAGCUCACAGGUCGCUCGUCUUAACAUGUUCUAAAUGUGUGUGUCCGCGGGUGCGGCGACUCCGGUGUUGUGCUGUAUUUCCCCUGUGUCCGGUACGGCAGCCGCCGGUCGGUGGGUGUGUCGCUCGGCCAGGGGUGGGCGUAGGAGCGGCGCCCGCUUCCGGCCAGCCGACCCCUCCCUAUCGAUUGGCCCCCGUAUGCGUGUGUUUGCGGGUGCGUGUCCCCGGGCGAUGGGUGUGGGGUGCGGGUGAAACGCUGGCGUGGCGGUGUCGCAAUCAUCCACGUGUCUUACCGCGACUGUGCCUUGUGGCCGUGUCAUCCCCCCUCCCCGCCAGACGCACCUGUCGCCGGAGUCGCUAUGUUCCGCUGUGGUGUACCGGUCCCCUCCCCUCCGCCUCCUGGCGCGCCGGCCACCGACCAUGUCCCCGGGGUUCCGAAACCCGGACCAUCCAACUGCAAGUGAAUCUCUCUCAGGGAUGCAUGUACAGUAUUACAAAGCCCAGAGAUGUUUCAGAUGCUGCGUUUGAAUACAUUCGUUCGUUAAUAA